UUAAGGACAAGGUUCUUUAUCCCUCAAGCCCCUGCAUUUCUAAAGACGUUACUAGCGGAUUUUUCACUUUCUAUCGAGGGGCAACUCUGUGGAUCUUGACUCAAGCCCGUAGCUUGUCUUUUUUUGCCUCUGGCACGUAGUUAGCUCCAUUCACCGACCAUCCUCCCCGGGUCCUGUUUCUGGGCUUCCGCGUGUGCGCCAAGGGCGUCCUCCACGACACAUUCAGCAGCCCGCCAACCUCUUCGUUCCGGCACGCACACGGCUCUGCCUACGAGGAAGACCCUCCCUGCGGGGUUCCUUGACACUUCGCGCCCCCAGGGGCCGGGGUCCCGCCCCCGCGCCGGGCGUCCCACCGCCGCGAGCCCCGCGGCACGCCGGGACCCGCUCUUAGUGUGCGCACGCGCAGGGCGGUGUUUGGGCGCCAUGGCCGACUCCGGGUCCCGCCUGCGGGGCUCCCUGCUGCAGCUGCGGGAGUCCCUGUCUGCCGGGGACCGCUGCAGCGCCGCGAUGGCCAGUUACCAGCUGAUCCGAGGCCUGGGGCAGGAGUGCGUGCUGAGCUCCGACCCCGCGGUGCUGGCAUUACAGACUUCCUUAGUUUUUUCCAAAGAUUUCGGUUUGCUUGUAUUUGUUCAGAAGUCACUUAGCAUUGAUGAAUUUCGUGAUUGUAGAGAAGAAGUCUUAAAAUUUUUAUAUAUUUUCUUAGAAAAAAUUGGCCAGAAGAUCACACCUUAUUCUCUUGAUAUUAAGACUACUUGUACCAGUGUUUACACAAAGGAUAAAGCUGCUAAAUGUAAAAUCCCAGCCCUAGAUCUUCUUAUUAAGUUACUUCGGACUUUAAGAAGUUCUAGACUCAUGGAUGAAUUUAGUAUUGGAGAAUUAUUUAAUAAAUUCUAUGGAGAACUUGCAUUGAAAACAAAAAUACAGGAUACAGUAUUAGAAAAAGUAUAUGAGCUUCUAGGAGUAUUAGCUGAAGUUCAUCCUAGUGAGAUGAUAAAUAAUUCAGAAAAACUGUUCCGGGCUUUUCUGGGUGAACUUAAGAUCCAGAUGACCUCAGCAAUAAGAGAACCCAAACUGCCUGUUCUGGCAGGGUGUCUGAAGGGAUUGUCUUCACUCAUGUGUAACUUUACCAAAUCCAUGGAAGAAGAUCCCCAGACUUCGAGGGAAAUUUUUGAUUUUGCAUUAAGGGCAAUUCGUCCUCAGAUUGACCUGAAGAGAUAUGCUGUACCCUUAGCUGGCUUGUGCUUAUUUACCCUGCAUGCAUCUCAGUUUAGCACCUGCCUUCUGGACAACUAUGUUUCUUUAUUUGAAGUGCUGUCAAAAUGGUGUAGCCAUACAAAUGUAGAAAUGAAAAAAGCUGCACAUUCAGCUCUGGAAUCUUUCCUGAAACAGAUUUCUUUUAUGGUGGCAAAAGAUGCAGAAAUGCAUAAGAGUAAGCUACAGUACUUCAUGGAGCAAUUCUAUGGAAUCAUCAGGAACAUGGAUUCAAACAGCAAGGAUUUAUCCAUUGCAAUUCGAGGAUAUGGACUUUUUGCAGGACCUUGCAAGGUUAUAAAUGCAAAAGAUGUUGACUUCAUGUACAUAGAGCUCAUUCAGCGCUGCAAGCAGCUGUUCCUCACCCAGAUAGACACUGUUGAUGACCACGUUUACCACAUGCCAAGUUUCCUCCAGUCUAUUGCAAGUGUCUUGCUUUACCUUGAUAGAGUUCCUGAGGUGUAUACACCGGUUCUGGAACAUCUCAUGGUGGCACAGAUAGACAGUUUCCCACAGUAUAGUCCAAAAAUGCAGUCAGUAUGUUGUAAAGCCCUAGUAAAAGUUUUCCUAGCCCUACGUGGAAAAGGACCAGUUUUCUGGAAUUGCAUCAGUACUGUGGUGCAUCAGGGUUUAAUCAGAAUAUGUUCUAAGCCAGUGAUCCUUCAAAAGGGUGUUGAGUCUGAACCUGAAGAGUAUCGUGCAUCAGGGGAAGUUAGAACUGGCAAAUGGAAAGUGCCCACGUAUAAAGACUAUUUGGAUCUUUUUAGAAGUCUCCUGAGUUGUGACCAGAUGAUGGAUUCUCUUUUAGCAGAUGAAGCAUUUCUCUUUGUGAAUUCCUCACUUCAAAAUUUGAAUCGUUUGCUGUAUGAUGAAUUUGUCAAAUCAGUUUUGAAGAUUAUUGAGAAAUUGGAUCUUACGCUAGAGAAACGGAAUGUUGGGGAACAUGAGGAUGAAAAUGAAGCUACUGGUGUUUGGGUGAUCCCAACCUCAGAUCCAGCUGCUAACUUACAUCCUGCUAAACCCAAAGAUUUUUCAGCUUUCAUUAACCUGGUGGAAUUUUGCAGAGACAUUCUUCCUGAGAAACAUAUAGAAUUUUUUGAGCCAUGGGUAUAUUCAUUUGCAUAUGAAUUAAUUUUGCAGUCUACACGGCUCCCUCUCAUUAGUGGUUUCUACAAAUUGCUUUCUGUUGCUGUGAGAAAUGCCAAGAAAAUAAAAUAUUUUGAGGGAGUUGGUGUGAAGAGUCAGACGCAGGCUCCCAAGGACCCAGAAAAGUAUUCUUGCUUUGCUUUGUUUGCAAAAUUUGGUAAAGAGGUAUCAGUUAAAAUGAAGCAAUAUAAAGAUGAACUUCUGGCCUCCUGUUUGACCUUUAUUCUGUCCCUGCCACAUGACAUCAUUGAACUUGAUAUUAGAGCCUACAUUCCUGCAUUGCAGAUGGCUUUUAAACUGGGCUUGAGCUAUACCCCAUUGGCAGAAGUAGGCCUGAAUGCCUUAGAAGAAUGGUCAGUUUGCAUCUGCAAACAUAUAAUUCAGCCCCAUUAUAAAGACAUUUUACCCAGCCUUGACGGAUAUCUGAAAACUUCAGCCUUAUCAGAUGAGACCAAGAAUAAUUGGGAAGUGUCAGCACUUUCUCAGGCUGCCCAGAAAGGAUUUAACCAAGUUGUGUUAAAGCAUCUGAAAAAGACAAAGAACAUUUCAUCAAAUGAAGCACUGUCUUUAGAAGAAAUAAGGAUUAGAGUAGUACAAAUGCUUGGCUUUCUAGGAGGACAAAUAAACAAAAAUCUCCUAACAGCCACAUCCUCAGAUGAAAUGAUGAAGAAAUGUGUGGCAUGGGACAGAGAAAAAAGACUCAGUUUUGCUGUACCAUUUAUAGAAAUGAAGCCUGUCAUUUAUCUGGAUGUGUUCUUGCCUCGGGUCACAGAAUUAGCUCUUUCAGCUAGUGACAGACAAACUAAAGUUGCAGCUUGUGAACUUUUACACAGUGUGGUUAUGUUUAUGUUGGGAAAAGCCACUCAGAUGCCUGAAUGUGGUCAGGGAUUCCCACCCAUGUACCAGCUCUACAAGCGAACUUUUCCUGUGCUACUUCGACUUGCAUGUGAUGUAGAUCAAGUGACAAGGCAACUAUAUGAGCCCCUAGUAAUGCAGCUGAUUCACUGGUUCACUAACAAUAAGAAAUUUGAAAGUCAGGAUACUGUCGCCUUACUGGAAACGAUACUGGAUGGAAUUGUAGAUCCUGUUGACAGUACUUUAAGAGAUUUUUGUGGUCGGUGUAUUCGCGAAUUCCUCAAAUGGUCCAUUAAGCAGACAACACCACAGCAGCAAGAAAAAAGUCCAGUGAACACUAAAUCACUUUUCAAGCGACUGUACAGCUUUGCACUUCACCCCAGUGCUUUCAAGAGGCUAGGUGCAUCACUUGCCUUUAAUAAUAUCUACAGAGAAUUCAGGGAAGAAGAGUCUCUGGUAGAGCAGUUUGUGUUUGAAGCAUUGGUUACGUACCUGGAAAGUCUGGCCUUAGCACACACAGAUGAGAAACCCUUAGGUACAAUUCGACAAUGUUGUGAUGCCAUUGAUCACCUAAGGCGUAUCAUUGAAAAGAAGCAUGUAUCUUUAAACAAAGUUAAAAAACGACGUAGGCCACGAGGAUUUCCACCUUCGGCAUCAUUGUGUUUACUGGAUAUGGUCCAGUGGCUGUUAGCCCACUGUGGGAGGCCCCAAACAGAAUGUCGACACAAAUCCAUAGAACUCUUUUAUAAAUUUGUUCCUUUAUUGCCAGGCAACAAAUCUCCUUCUUUAUGGCUGAAAGAUAUUCUUAAGAACAAAGAUACUUCCUUUCUCAUAAACACAUUUGAGGGGGGUGGAGGAGGUUGUGAUCGGCCGUCAGGCAUCCUUGCGCAACCCACCCUCUUCCAUCUGCAAGGGCCGUUCAGCUUGAGAGCUGCCCUGCAAUGGAUGGACAUGCUUUUGGCGGCUCUGGAGUGCUACAACACAUUCAUUGAAGAGAAAACCCUCAAGGCACCUGACGUCCUGGGUACUGAAACACAGUCUUCACUUUGGAAAGCGGUGGCUUUCUUUUUAGAAAACAUUGCUAUGCAUGAUAUCACAGCAGCAGAAAAGUGCUUUAGCACUGGGGCAGCAGGUCACAGACCCAGCCCACAAGAGGGAGAAAGAUAUAAUUACAGCAAAUGCACAAUUGUGGUCCGGAUUAUGGAGUUUACCACAACGCUGCUCAACACCUCCCCAGAAGGCUGGAAGCUCCUUGAGGAGGAUUUAUGUAAUAACGAAAACUUUAUGACACUCUUGGUGAAAACCCUAUGUCAGCCCUCGAGCAUAGGUUUCAACAUUGGUGAUGUCCUAGUUAUGAAUCAUCUUCCUGAUGUUUGUGUAAACCUGAUGAAAGCUCUAAAGAAGUCCCCAUACAAAGACACCCUGGAGAUGUGCCUCAAGGAAAAAAUAACAGUACAGAGCAUUGAGGAGCUCUGUGCCGUUGACCUGUAUGGUCCUGAUGCUUAUGUGGAUAGGGCCACACUGGCUUCUGUUGUGUCAGCUUGUAAACAGCUUCACAGAGCUGGUGUUUUGCAUGUUGUAUUACCGUCUCAGUCUGCAGAUCAGCGUCAUUCUGUUGGCAUCAAACUUCUUUUCCUGGUUUAUAAAAGCAUUGCACCUGGAGAUGAACGAGAGUACUUUCCUUUGCUAGACCCCAGUUGUAAGCGAUUAGCCAGUGGACUUCUGGAGUUGGCCUUUGCUUUUGGAGGACUGUGUGAGCACCUUGUGGAUCUUCUCCUGGAUACAGCAGUGUUGUCUAUGCCAGUCUCAGGAGAGUCCCAGAGAAACAUGGUCAGCUUCUCUCAUGGAGAGUAUUUUUAUAGCUUGUUUUCAGAGAUAAUCAACACUGAAUUGUUGAGAAAUCUAGAUACGACUGUAUUGAAGCUCAUGAAAUCAUCUGUGGAUAAUCCCAAAAUGGUGAGUGCCAUUUUGAAUGGAAUGUUAGAUCAGAGCUUCAGGGAUCGAGCCAGCCAGAAACAGCAAGGACUGAAACUUGCAAGUACAAUUCUGCACAACUGGAAGAAGUGGGACUCAUGGUGGGCCAAGGAUUCUACUCCUGAAAGUAAAACGGCGGUGCUGACCUUAUUGGCAAAAAUUUUGCAGAUCGAUUCAUCUGUAUCUUUUAAUACAAAUCAUAGUGCAUUCCCUGAAGUCUUUACAACAUAUACGAGUCUACUUGCUGAUUCAAACUUGGGUUUACAUUUAAUGGGUCAGGCUGUAAUUCUUCUUCCAUUCUUCACCAAUCUUACUGGAGGCAGUCUUGAGGACCUUGAGCAUGUUCUUGAAAAGCUUAUUGUUUCUAAUUUCCCCAUGAAGUCUGAAGAAUUUCCCCUGGGAACUCUGCGGUACAGUAAUUAUGUAGACUGCAUGAAAAAGUUUCUAGAUGCUUUGGAAUUAUCUCAAAGUCCUGUAUUGUUGCAGUUGAUGACAGAAAUUCUCUGUCGAGAACAGCAGCAUGUUAUGGAAGAAUUAUUUCAAUCUACUUUCAAAAAGAUUGCCAGAAAGAGUUCUUGUGUCACACAAUUAGCCCUUUUGGAAAGUGUGUACAGAAUGUUCAAGAGGGAUGACCUACUUUCAAAUGUCACUCGCCAAGCAUUUGUAGAUCGCUCUCUUCUCACUCUGUUGUGGCAUUGUGGCCUGAAUGCUUUGAGAGAAUUCUUUGGCAAAAUUGUGGUGGAAACCAUUGAUGUGUUGAAGUCUAGAUUUACAAAGCUAAAUGAAUCUACCUUUGAUACUCAAAUCACCAAGAAGAUGGGGUUUUAUAAGAUGCUAGAUGUGAUGUAUUCUCGUCUUUCAAAAGAUGACGUUCACUCAAAGGAAUCUAAAAUUAAUCAAGUUUUCCACGGCUCAUGUGUUACAGAAGGAAAUGAACUUACAAAGACACUUAUUAAAUUGUGCUAUGAUGCGUUUACAGAGAACAUGGCGGGUGAAAAUCAGUUGCUGGAGAGGAGAAGACUUUACCAUUGUGCUGCAUACAACUGUGCCAUUUCUGUUAUCUGCUGUGUCUUCACUGAAUUAAAAUUUUACCAAGGUUUUCUGUUUAGUGAAAAACCUGAAAAGAACUUGCUUAUUUUGGAAAAUCUGAUUGACCUGAAACACUGCUAUACUUUUCCUAUAGAAGUUGAGGUUCCUAUGGAAAGAAAGAAAAAGUACAUUGAAAUUAGGAAAGAAGCCAGGGAAGCGGCAAAUGGGGAUUCAGAUGGCCCUCAUUAUCCGUCUUCCUUGUCAUAUUUGGCAGACAGCAGCCUGAGUGAGGAAAUGAGUCAAUUUGAUUUCUCAACUGGCGUUCAGAGCUAUUCAUACAGUUCCCAAGACCCUAAAUCUACCCAUGGUCAUUUUCGGAGACGGGAGCAUAAAGACCCCAUGGUCCAAGAUGCUGUCCUAGAGUUAGAGAUGGAUGAGCUCAAUCAACACGAAUGUAUGGCAACCAUGACAGCCCUGAUUAAGCACAUGCAGAGAAAUCAGAUACUAUCUAAAGAUGAGGGUUCAGUACCAAGAAAUCUUCCUCCUUGGAUGAAAUUUCUUCAUGACAAACUAGGAAAUCCAUCGGUAUCAUUAAAUAUCCGUCUCUUCUUAGCUAAGCUUGUUAUUAAUACAGAAGAAGUCUUUCGCCCUUAUGCGAAGUACUGGCUAAGCCCCUUACUGCAGCUGGUGGUUUCUGAAAAUAAUGGAGGAGAAGGAAUUCACUAUAUGGUGGUUGAGAUAGUGGUUACUGUUCUUUCGUGGACAGGAUUAGCUACUCCUGUGGGUGUCCCUAAAGAUGAAGUGUUGGCAAAUCGAUUGCUUCAUUUCCUAAUGGAACAUGUUUUUCAUCAAAAAAGAGCUGUGUUUAGGCAUAACCUUGAAAUUAUAAAAACCCUUGUUGAAUGCUGGAAGGAUUGUUUAUCUGUUCCUUAUAGGUUGAUAUUUGAAAAGUUUUCCAAUAAAGAUCCUAAUUCUAAAGACAAUUCAGUAGGAAUUCAAUUAUUAGGCAUUGUAAUGGCCAAUAACUUGCCUCCCUAUGACCCAAAAUGUGGCAUAGAGAGCAUAAAAUACUUUGAAGCUUUAGUCAGUAACAUGUCCUUUGUAAAAUAUAAAGAGGUAUAUGCAGCAGCAGCAGAAGUUCUAGGACUUACUCUUCGAUAUAUUACUGAGAGAGAAAAUAUAUUGGAGAAUAUGGUGUAUGAACUGGUCAUAAAGCAGUUGAAACAACAUCAGAAUACGAUGGAGGACAAAUUUAUUGUGUGCUUGAACAAAGUUGUGAAGAACUUUCCUCCUCUUGCUGAUAGAUUUAUGAACGCCGUAUUCUUCCUGCUGCCAAAAUUUCACGGAGUGAUGAAGACCCUCUGUCUGGAGGUGGUGUUGUGUCGUGCAGAGGAAAUAACAAAUAUCUACUUAGAGUUAAAGAGCAAAGAUUUCAUUCAAGUCAUGAGACACAGAGAUGAUGAAAGACAGAAAGUGUGUUUGGACAUAAUUUAUAAGAUGAUGGCAAAAUUGAAGCCAGUAGAACUCCGAGACCUUUUGAAUUCUGUCGUAGAAUUCAUUUCUCAUCCUUCUCCAGUGUGUAGGGAACAAAUGUAUAAUAUUCUAAUGUGGGUUCAUGACAAUUACCGAGAUCCAGAAAGUCAAGCAGAUGAUGACUCUCGGGAAGUAUUUAAGUUGGCAAAAGAUGUGUUGAUUCAAGGAUUGAUUGAUGAGAAUGCUGGGCUUCAAUUAAUUAUUCGAAAUUUCUGGAGCCAUGAAACAAGAUUACCUUCAAAUACUUUGGACCGAUUGUUGGCACUAAAUUCCUUAUAUUCUCCAAAGAUAGAGGUGCACUUUUUAAGUUUAGCAACAGAUUUUCUACUUGAAAUGACUAGCCUGAGUCCAGAUUAUGCAAACCCUGUGUUUGAGCAUCCUCUGUCAGAAUGUGAAUUUCAGGAAUAUACCAUUGAUUCUGACUGGCGUUUCCGAAGUACUGUUCUCACUCCGAUGUUUAUUGAGACUCAGGGUUCCCAAAGUACUCUUCAGACUCAGACGCAGGAGCGAUCCCUCCCAGCUCAAGGAGUGAUGGCUAGGCAGAUACGGGCCACCCAACAGCAGUAUGACUUCACACCUACACAAACUGCAGAUGGUAGAAGCUCCUUUAAUUGGCUGACUGGGAGCAGUAUUGACCCUCUGGUGGAUUAUACAGUCUCAUCAUCGGAUUCUUCAUCUUCCUCCUUACUGUUUGCCCAGAAGAGGAAUGAGAAGUCACAGAGAGCACCCUUGAAGUCAGUCGGACCUGAUUUUGGGGAAAAAAAGCUGGGCCUUCCAGGGGACAAAGUAGAUAACAAAGCAAAAGGUAUAGACAAUCGGACAGAAAUAUUAAGAUUACGCAGACGAUUUAUAAAGGACCAAGAAAAGCUCAGUUUGAUUUAUGCCAGAAAAGGUAUUGCUGAACAAAAACGAGAGAAGGAGAUCAAGAGUGAGUUAAAAAUGAAGCACGAUGCCCAAGUCAUUUUGUACAGAAGUUACCGCCAAGGAGACCUUCCUGACAUUCAGAUUAAAUACAGUAGCCUGAUCACCCCCUUGCAAGCUGUGGCCCAGAGAGACCCAAUAAUUGCAAAACAGCUGUUUGGCAGCUUGUUUUCUGGAAUUAUAAAGGAGAUGGAUAAAUACAAGACCAUGUCUGAAAAAAACAACAUUACUCAAAAGUUGCUCCAGGAUUUCAGUCAUUUUCUUAACUCCACUUUCUCUUUCUUUCCACCUUUUGUCUCCUGUAUUCAGGAAAUCAGUUGCCAACACACAGACUUGCUGAGCCUGGACCCUGGUUCUAUCCGUGCCAGCUGCCUUGCCAGUCUGCAGCAGCCUGUGGGCAUCCGUCUCCUCGAGGAGGCCCUACUUCAUCUGGGACCUCAAGAGCCACCUGCCAAGCAGUUACGGGGGAGGAUGCGUGUCUCUCCUGAUGUUGUCAGAUGGAUGGAACUUGCUAAACUGUAUAGAUCUAUUGGAGAAUAUGACAUCCUCCGUGGUAUUUUUAGCAGUGAGAUAGGAACAAAGCAAAUCACUCAAAGUGCAAUUUUAGCAGAAGCAAGAAGUGAUUAUUCUGAAGCUGCUAAGCAGUAUAAUGAGGCUCUCAAUAAAGAAGAGUGGGUAGAUGGUGAGCCUACGGAAGCUGAGAAGGAUUUUUGGGAACUUGCAUCCCUCGACUGUUAUAACCAGCUUGCUGAAUGGAAGUCAUUAGCGUACUGUUCUAUAGUCAGUGUUGAUAAUGAAAACCCUCCAGAUCUAAAUAAAAUGUGGAGCGAACCAUUUUAUCAGGAGACCUAUCUACCUUACAUGAUCCGCAGCAAGCUGAAGUUAUUGCUACAAGGGGAGGCUGACCAGUCCCUGCUGACAUUUAUUGAUGAAGCUGUGAACAAGGAGCUUCAGAAGGCUCUUAUAGAGCUGCAUUAUAGUCAAGAGUUGAGUCUUCUUUAUAUCUUACAAGAUGACAUUGACAGAGCCAAAUAUUAUAUUGAAAAUUGCAUUCAGAUUUUUAUGCAGAAUUACUCAAGUAUUGAUGUCCUCUUACACAGAAGUAGACUCACCAAAUUGCAGUCUGUACAAACUAUGAUAGAAAUUCAGGAGUUCAUCAGUUUUAUAAGCAGACAAGGUAAUUUAUCAUCUCAAGCUCCCCUUAAAAGACUUCUAAAAUCCUGGACAAACAGAUACCCGGAUGCUAGAAUGGACCCAGUGCACAUCUGGGAUGACAUCAUCACCAAUCGAUGUUUCUUUCUCAGCAAAAUAGAGGAGAAACUUACUCUUCCUCUAGGUGAUCAUAGUUUGUCCAUGGAUGAAGAGAGAGAUUCUAGUGAUAAGAUGGAAGUGCAGGAACAGGGAGAAGAGGUCUGUUCUCUGAUUAAGAACUGUAUGUUCUCCAUGAAAAUGAAGAUGGUGGAAAGUGCAAGAAAGCAGCACAAUUUCUCCCUUGCCAUGAAACUACUAAAGGAGCUUCGUAGAGAGUCAAAAACAAGAGAUGACUGGCAGGUGAAGUGGGUGCACACCUACUGCCGGCUCAGCCACAGCCGGAUCCAGGGCCAGAGCUGCCUACAGCAGAUUCUCUCAGCGCUGAAAACAGUCUCCUUGCUGGCAGGAGAGAGCACAUCAAGUUACUUCAGCAAAAAUGUUCUGGCUUUCCAUGACCAGAACAUUCUCUUGGGUACAACUUACAGCAUCAUAGCUAAUGCUCUCUGUAGGGAGCCAGCCUGCCUUGCCGAAAUCGAGGAAAGCAGGGCUAGAAGAAUCUUGGACCUUUCUGGAUCCAGUUUAGAGAAUGCAGAAAAGGUGAUCGCAGUUCUGUACCAGAGAGCAUUCCAUCACCUUUCUGAGGCUGUACGGACAGCGGAGGAGGAAGCCCAGCCUUCUCUCAGAGGCCAGGGUCCUGUAGCCAGCCUGACAGAUGCUUACAUGACACUGGCGGAUUUUUGUGACCAGCAGCUCCGCAAGGAGGAAGAGAGUGCAUCAGUUACUGAGUCUGUAGAACGGCAGACAUAUCCAGGCAUUGUGGUGGACAAAAUGUUGAAAGCUUUAAAAUUGCAUUCCAGUGAAGCCAGGCUGAAGUUUCCCAGACUACUGCAGAUUAUAGAGCUGUAUCCAGAAGAGACCCUAAGCCUAAUGACAAAAGAGAUUUCUUCCAUUCCUUGCUGGCAGUUCAUUGGCUGGAUCAGCCACAUGGUGGCCUUAUUGGACCAAGAGGAAGCUGUUGCUGUCCAGUGCACUGUGGAAGAGAUUGCUGAUAACUAUCCACAGGCAAUUGUCUACCCAUUUAUAAUAAGUAGUGAAAGUUAUUCUUUCAAAGAUACUUCUACUGGUCAUAAAAACAAGGAGUUUGUGGCAAGGAUUAAAACUAAGUUGGAUCUAGGAGGAGUGAUUCAAGAUUUUAUUAGUGCCCUAGAACAACUCUCUAAUCCUGAAAUGCUCUUUAAGGAUUGGACUGAUGAUAUCAAAGCCGAACUGGCAAAAAACCCUGUUAAUAAAAAAAACAUUGAAAAGAUGUAUGAAAGAAUGUAUGCAGCCUUGGGAGAUCUAAGGGCUCCAGGGCUUGGGGCUUUCAGAAGGAGGUUUAUUCAGGUUUUUGGAAAAGAAUUUGAUAAACACUUUGGGAAGGGAGGUUCUAAGCUACCUGGAAUGAAACCCCGUGACUUCAGCAGUAUUACCGACUCACUAUUUUAUAAAAUGUGCACAGACUCAAAGCCACCUGGGAAUCUGAAAGAAUGCUCACCCUGGAUGAGUGACUUCAAAGUAGAAUUCUUGAGAAAUGAGUUGGAGAUUCCUGGUCAGUAUGAUGGCAAAGGAAAGCCACUACCAGAAUACCACGCACGAAUCGCUGGGUUUGAUGAGCGGAUAAAAGUAAUGGCUUCUAUCAGAAAGCCGAAGCGCAUCAUCAUCCGAGGCCAUGAUGAGAAGGAGUACCCUUUCCUUGUCAAGGGGGGUGAAGAUCUGCGGCAGGACCAGAGGAUCGAACAACUCUUUGAGGUCAUGAAUGUCCUCCUUUCUCAGGACACCGCCUGUAGCCAGAGAAACAUGCAGCUGAAGACUUACCAUGUUAUACCCAUGACCUCCAGAUUAGGACUAAUUGAAUGGAUUGAAAAUACUCUUAUCUUGAAGGACUUCCUUUUGAGUAACAUGUCACGAGAGGAGAAAGCAGCUUAUACAAGUGAUCCCAAAGCACCACCAUGUGAAUAUAGAGAUUGGCUGGCAAAGAUGUCUGGAAAAUAUGAUGUUGGCGCUUACAUGUCAAUGUUUAAGGCAGCUAGUCGUACUGAAACAGUCACAUCUUUUAGAAGGAGAGAAAGUAAAGUGCCAGCUGAUCUCUUAAAGCGGGCCUUUCUGAAGAUGAGCACAGGCCCUGCAGCCUUCCUGGCACUUCGCUCCCACUUUGCCAGUUCUCAUGCUCUUAUGUGCAUUAGCCACUGGAUUCUGGGUAUCGGAGACAGACAUCUGAACAAUUUCAUGGUAAGCAUGGAGACAGGCGGAUUGAUCGGAAUCGACUUUGGACAUGCUUUUGGAUCAGCUACUCAGUUUCUGCCUGUCCCUGAGUUGAUGCCUUUUCGUCUGACUCGCCAAUUUAUCAAUCUGAUGUUACCAAUGAAAGAAGCAGGUGUUGUGUAUAGUAUCAUGGUGCAUGCACUGAGAGCCUUCCGCUCACACUCUGACCUGCUUACUAACACCAUGGACGUGUUUGUAAAGGAACCUUCCUUCGACUGGAAAAAUUUUGAACAGAAAAUGUUGAAAAAAGGAGGAUCAUGGAUUCAAGAAAUAAACGUAACUGAAAAAAAUUGGUAUCCUCGGCAAAAAAUACAUUAUGCUAAGAGAAAGUUAGCAGGUGCCAAUCCAGCAGUUAUUACUUGCGAUGAGCUGUUCCUGGGCCAUGAGAAGGCACUUGCCUUUGGAGAUUAUGUGGCUGUAGCACGAGGAAGCAAAGAUCACAACAUCCGUGCCCAACAACCAGAGAAUGGACUGUCAGAAGAGUCUCAAGUAAAGUGCUUGAUUGACCAGGCAACAGACCCCAACAUCCUUGGCAGAACUUGGAUAGGAUGGGAGCCCUGGAUGUGAAGAACUAUGGGAGUCAGCAGAUAAACAAUCAUGAAAGUGGUUAAAGCAUCUCCUAAACUUUCAUCUAUAGCCAUCAAUUUUCCUGAAGCACUGAAGGGAAGAAAUCUAUUUAGUGGUAAAGUCUUAUAGCAAGAGUUUGAUCAAGACCAUGAUGAAUAAGUGAAUAUUGAUAUGAAUGAUUAGGUUACGAUUAUGAUAGACUUAAAGUAGGAAAAUAUGUAUCUAGGUUCAUACAAGUAUUAAAUCAAGAAUAGAGCAUAUUGCAAAGUGCUACAACUUAGAUAAACCAGCUCUCUUAAUAAAUGGUGUAAGUAUGAACAUUC